AAGAGCCGUGCACAAUUGUCCAAGUCAGUCGGAGCGAUAAAGAGAGCACUGCGGAUCGCAUAACAGGGCAGUCGUGUCUAAACGUAAUCAGCAAUACUAGGAAAGAAGUUUCGAGCAAUGAAAAUGGCGAUAAACCGAAAGAUGAGGAUUGUUAUUCUCGGCGAUAAAGGAGUUGGAAAAACUGCUUUGAUGGUGAGGUGCUUGACAAGACGGUUUUUACCAGAAUACGCCACGGGAUGUGACGAAUGCCAUACAUUCCAAACCAUGAUAGAUGGAGAAAAUGUGCGAAUGGAAAUUAUUGAUUCUAGCAAAAAUAGUGACUUUGCCAUAACCCUGGCCGAUGGAUUCAUCGUCGUUUACUCUGUCACCAGUGCUGAAUCUCUGCGGACCGCGAGGAGACUGGUACGAGACAUUAGAGAAAAAGGUGUCAAAGGAGCACCAAUAGUAUUGCUCGGGAACAAGAAAGACCUUGAACAUCACCGCGAAGUUUCGCGUUCAAAAGCAACAGAAGCCGCAAGAAAAUUGCAUUGCAACUUAUUCUGUGAACUGUCUGUCGCAACAGAUAUAUCCGCUGUGCGAAAUGUUUUCUCUGAACUGUACAAGCGGAUACAAAGGAAAACAAGAGCGAAAAGCGUGGUAGAAAGGGCCCCCAAGAAAGGAAGUGCUUUGUACUUGAUGAUAAAGGCUUUGAACAAUCUUAAGAGCAAUAUAGUGUCGUCAAAAUGUCCCAGGUCGUCACUCGACAAAGCACUUAGAAUAGAAACAGUAAAGGACAUAGCAAGAAUGCCUGUAUUAUAACAUUUUAGUUUAUACUUAAGCCGUAGAAUUCAGAAAGAAUUAAUGUAACACCCACUCCAUAACGUAACGCAAAU